GCGGCUCGGUCUGACCAUGUCGGGCGAAGACGAGGCGGCCGAGCUGACGAUCGCGGAAGACGUGGUGGUGAACAAGUACAAGAUGGGGGGAGAAAUCGCCAACCGAGUCUUACGUACCGUGGUAGAAGCAGCAAAAUCAGGAGUGUCUGUCCUCAGUUUAUGCGAGAAAGGGGAUGCCAUGAUCAUGGAAGAGACCGGCAAAAUCUUUAAGAAGGAGAAAGAGAUGAAGAAAGGUAUUGCCUUCCCCACAAGUAUAUCGGUAAAUAACUGUGUCUGUCACUUCUCCCCUUUGAAGAGUGACCAGGAUUACAUCCUCAAAGAUGGUGACUUGGUCAAAAUUGACCUAGGAGUUCAUGUUGAUGGCUUCAUAGCAAACGUAGCACAUAGUUUUGUCAUCGAUGCUUCGAAGGAAACUCCAGUGACAGGUCGCAAAGCUGAUGUCAUCAAAGCCGCUCACCUCUGUGCUGAAGCUGCUUUGCGCUUGGUCAAGCCUGGAAACCAGAACUCACAAGUGACAGAUGCCUGGAACAAGAUAGCUCAUUCAUUUAACUGCACACCAAUUGAAGGGAUGCUGUCACACCAGCUAAAGCAACAUGUGAUAGAUGGCGAGAAGACCAUCAUCCAGAACCCCUCAGACCAGCAAAGGAAGGACCAUGAAAAAGCAGAGUUUGAGGUCCAUGAAGUUUAUGCCAUCGAUGUUCUCAUCAGCACUGGGGAAGGAAAAGCCAAAGAUGCUGGGCAGAGAACCACAAUUUACAAAAGGGACCCUUCCAAGCAGUAUGGCUUGAAAAUGAAAACUUCCCGUGCCUUUUUCAGCGAGGUGGAGAGACGAUUUGAUGCUAUGCCAUUCACUCUCAGGGCAUUUGAAGAUGAAAAGAAGGCCAGGAUGGGGGUAGUAGAAUGCGCCAAACAUGAGCUGCUCCAGCCUUUUAAUGUCCUCUAUGAGAAGGAAGGAGAGUUUGUUGCCCAGUUUAAGUUUACGGUGCUUUUAAUGCCCAAUGGUCCCAUGAGGCUAACCAGUGGCCCUUUUGAGCCCGAACUCUACAAAUCCGAAUUUGAGGUGCAAGAUGCAGACCUGAAGGCACUCUUACAGAGCUCAGCAAGCCGUAAGGCCCAGAAAAAGAAGAAAAAGAAGGCCUCUAAGAAUGCUGAGAACGCCACAACAGGAGAAACAGCAGAAGAGAAUGAAACUGGUGACUGACUCGGACUUCCUUUGCCUAGCACCUGAUACUUUCUCUCACAUGCCCCUACCCAAAAACAAGAGAAACAAAUAUCCCUUAAUGGUUGUUUGUCUCAUAGGACCAAAUGACAAACAGCCUGGACUUCCCACAGAGUGCACCCAGCUGUGACUGACUUAGCCACUGAGGGAGGAGUCU